AUUGCGAUUAUACAAAAACUAUAGUCUAUUAGUGAAGUGGCGAUAAACUAAGUCAGUAGUAUUUCAUUGUAGAGCAAUGGGUAUGUCAAUUUCCAAAUUUGUAAAAAAAUUAUUUGCAAAGAAAGAGAUGAGAAUAUUAAUGGUAGGACUCGAUGCGGCUGGUAAAACAACUAUCUUGUACAAGUUAAAACUCGGGGAAAUUGUCAAUACUAUACCUACUAUUGGAUUCAACGUGGAGACAGUGGAGUACAAGAAUUCCAGCUUCACAGUAUGGGAUGUGGGAGGACAAGAUAAGAUCCGGCCUCUAUGGAGGCAUUAUUUUCAGAACACACAGGGUCUAAUAUUUGUUGUAGAUAGUAAUGAUCGAGAUCGAAUUUCAGAAGCGAGAGAUGAGCUACAUCGCAUGCUCAACGAGGAAGAAUUACGCGGCGCUACAAUUCUUGUAUUCGCAAAUAAACAAGACCUUCCAAAUGCUAUGAAUGUUGCAGAUAUCACUGAUAAACUUGGCCUUCGUUCACUCCGACAACGACGCUGGUACAUCCAGAGUGCUUGUGCAACAUCUGGACAGGGGCUUUAUGAAGGUCUUGAUUGGUUAUCACAUAAUAUUACUGGCAAGGCAUAAAUUCUGUUGUGCGGAA